AUGAACGACUGCACCAUAAAAAUCGAAAAGGCCAUCAAAUACUUAGGGGUUCUGCUAGACUUCAGGCUCACGUGGGACAGUCAUAUAAAACAUGUGACCUCACGAACUGGACUUAUAAUGAAUAUGUAUGCACAAGUGGCUAAAAAGAACUGGGGACUGGGUUCCAACGCCAUGUCUAUCAUAUAUGACUGUGUUUUUCUUCCGGUAAUCACCUAUGCGUGCGGCUCUUGGGGCUGGGCAUCUCAAAAGGUGCACAGCAAACGCAAAUUAAUUUCCUCUCAAAGGCGAGCCCUGCUCUUGAUAACACGAUCUUUUCGAACAGUGAGUAAUACGUGCUUACAAGUUUUAGCGAAGAAACUCCCUAUAGAUCUGACCAUUCGUGAAAAAGAAAAAUUUCACCACAUUAAGUGGGGGAAGGAAAUCACUGUUAAUACAGCUGUCUAUAAUCAAGAGGAUAUUGAAUGGAACUACCCUUAUAGGGACACCCUCUUCCCUACCGGACAGGGUAUCAGGUUGGAACGUGAUCUUGGGGAUUCCUGUAUAGAUGUUUUCACCGAUGGAUCUAAAAUCGAGGGAAAUGUUGGGUGCAGUUUCGUGGUUUAUAAUAAUAACAAUGAAGUUAACAACGAAAUUUAUAAACUUGAUAAUAUGUGUUCCGUAUUUCAGGCGGAGCUUUUCGCCAUUGGAAAGGCUAUCGAAUUCAUUAAUAGAAAUUACACCAACAUCUCUGCUACCGUCCAUACGGACUCUCUUUCUGCAUACAACAUCCUGUUAAGCAACAAGUUGCAUCCUUUGGCAGAAUCAAUAAGGAACGACAUAAGACUAUCGGAUUGCAAGAUACACUUAAACUGGGUGAGAGCCCAUCAGGGCUUAGAAGGUAACGAAAGGGCCGAUCAAUUAGCUAAAACUGCAACUACCAUCAAUAAUGAUCGGAUAACCUAUAGUAAACUCAGCCAGCAGUCUCUAAGAAAACUACUUCUACAGGAUACCAUUAGGAUAUGGCAAGACAUGUGGGACAGGAACUCCGAUCACAUCACUUACAGUUUUAUUCCUCACCUGGAUAACUACAUCAAUUUUAACUGGUACAUGCUGGACUUCUAUACGAGCCAAAUUAUGUCUAAUCAUGAUUAA